AUGUCCGAUGAGGGAUGGCUAAAGUACGUCGGUAUCACCUUGGGGACUAGCGCCAUCGCCGGCAUCGCUUUUUAUUGGCUCCGAAGGGACAAUCGGGUCGAAAUCGAACGGGAAAGGACCCAGUGGAUCGUCGAACAGCUCAAGUUGACCAUGAGACUCAAGACUCCGAACAAUUUGGGCUCUUAGGGACCAGGUGAUGGUGAUGAGAAUGCAGUUGCGGAGCCUCGAGGCCGAGCUCUCCGAGGUGAAGAACACGGUGGCGACGGCGUCGCCCGCCAUCAGAAGACCCACGUCUUCAACCCCUAGAAGUGUCACUUUCGCGGCUCCGCUUAGGACUGGUAGGAGCAGUGGGAGCUUGGGAAGGGGCAGAAUAUUCGAAAAUGAGUCCUGACAUGAUAAGGGAAAUAGUGCCUGGAAGGUGGAGAGUGCAGAAAUGCAUAGGGUUCAUUGGUGAGAUUACGACUAAAAUAGCCUCAGUUGUAGAGCCGAAUCUGGCUUGAGCCAAAGAAAAAUGGGUCCCGACACGAUAAGAGAAGAAACAGUGCCCAGAUGGUGAAGAGCGCAGACGGGCGUACCCGGGAAUAGCCUAGAAGCCUGAUUUAGUGAUUUAUGAUCAUUUCAAUGUCUCUAAUCAAAAAUCAAAAGCGAGAGAUCAACAGCGGCCUGAAGAGACGCCAGACGAACAGAGUUUCUGGCGUCUUUUCAAAAUAAUGCUUCUUCUUCCCUUCUAAUAAUAUCCCCUCAAGUGGAUCGGUUGGAUGGUCAACAGGGUUUUGAAGAGACGCCAGAGAAACAGGAAGCGUAUUUUUCUCUGACGUCUCUUCAGGAAGUUGUUGAUCUCUCGUCUUUCAAAAAGUUAUGGUGAAGAAGACUUUUAUGUCGAUUUUUUUGAAAAAAAAGGCUUUAUUAUGCUUCAUUUUUGUCUAAAGAAUUGGUCGCAUGGGGAAUGGCUCGACUUUUUGAUCAUUUAGUGACUUUCUCUUUUCCUAGAUUUUAGCGCAAGUCGUUUUGGGUCGGGGAUCUCAGUUAAUUGCUCUUUCUGAAUCAACUUUAGCGAGUUUUCCUUUUCUUUCAGAACUGUAAGAGGUGUUUCCACAUCCGGAAUCCUAAAGAAACGAAAAUUAUUUUUCCCCCGAUUUCCUACUAGCCAUAUUCUGCAAAAUCCCUAUAGUGGGUCUUAAAUGACCAUUUAGGGGGUUCUAUAGGGGUCAAAAAAGAGAUUCUUUCGUAUAUUUCUUCUUUUUCUCCAAUCGCCACAUGAAGCAAAUGCUGUAGUGGGUCCCAAGUGACCAUUUAGGGGGUCCUUUAGGGGUCCUUUCGAAUACCUCCGUAUCCACACCUAUAGUGGGCCCUAAGUGACCAUUUAGGGGGUCCUUUAGGGGUCCUUUCAUAUACCUCCUUAGGGGCUUUUUGCAUUUCCCCUUUAAGAGCCACUCAGAAAAGCAACGACUUUUCAAUUUUCGAAGUUCCAAGUCUUUUCACAUAUUUUCCGGUUUCAACGAUCUUUGGAGAUCCUUCUGAACCUCAAAUAGUCCUCAGAAUACUUUAGUUCCGAAAUAACAACAAAUUAGAGAAAACAACCGAAUUCCAAUCGCCACAUGAUAAGCAAACACCUAUAGUGGGUCCUAAGUGACCAUUUAGGGGGUCCCUUAGGGGUCCUUUCAUAUACCUCCUUAGGGGCUUUCUCCAUUUUCCCUUCAGGACCCAUUCAAUAAGGCAACGGCUAUCCAAUUUUCAGAAUUUCAAGUCCUUUCACAUAUUUUCCGGUUUUAACGAUCUUUGGAGAUCCUCGUGAAUACUUCUCAGCAUACUUUAGUUCCGAAAUCACAACAAAUUAGAGAAAACAACCGAAUUCCAAUUGCCACAUGAUAAGCAAACACCUAUAGUUUGUCGAGAAAACCCGUUUUUUGUUUCCCCCAGCCGCGCCCUUCCACCUCGAGUUCAAGCUAAAAUCAACCAAUUAUGAUAUUCUGCUGCUUCCCAAAAGUGUCCAUAGUCAAGAAAGACCCCCCAGUCCCCCCAAACACGACGACUCCAGAUGCCGACUCGCCGUCGACGUCUUCUUUCGCUGGUGACGUCACCCCGAAGCGGAUUCAGACGUCGAUGAUUCCACGCAACUUCUCCGUCACUUCCGACUCGGAAUACGCUGACGCCGAAGACGAAUGGUGAUCUAUUAUUUGGUGAUGACUUUUUUGGGGGGUUCGGAUCGAUUUUUUCGUCAUAUUUGGAGCGGGUUGACCCUUUUUUGUUUAGAAGAGUAGAUUUAGAUAAAAAAAAUAAAAAAAUUAGGUUCAUUUGUAUGACGUCAUUUUUGAAGUUCGGAAGUUCAAUGACGUCAUAACUGACGUUUUGAACAUUUUACGUUUAAUUUAUGACGUCAUUUUUAAAAUUCGGAAAAUCAAUGACGUCAUAACUGACGCGUGACUUUUUACGUUCAAUUUAUGAUGUCAUUUUUAAAAUUCGAAAGUUUAAUGACGUCAUAACGGACGUUUAAACAUUUUACGUUUGAUUUAUGAGGUUACCUUUAAAAUUCGAAAGUUUAAUGACGUCAUAACGGACGUUUAAACAUUUUACGUUUGAUUUAUGACGUCAUCUUCAAAAUUCUCUUCCUGAAGUACAAUAAUGUCACGUUAAAACAUUAUACGAUCCAUUUUUAUGACGUCAUCGUUUAAAUUAUUUUUCUGGGAUUUAAUGACGUCACGUUGAAACGUUUUCACCGUCAAUUUUAUGACGUUAAUGACGUCAUUUCGAGACUCUUGACAGUUUAAUAAGACCUUUGAAACAAUAUUGGUAUUAAGUAAAAUUUUGCGAAAAAUGACGUAAUUUAAAAGUUUUUUACGAGAAUUAUAUGACGUUAUUUUCGAACUGAUGACGUCAUCAGAAUUUUUUGAAGGCUUUUGGAAAGAUGGGAAAAUCCAAAAAUGAUAUGAAAAUGUGUAUUUUACGGGCUUGUACUUUUAAAAUUUUCAAAACGAUUUGGAGCGUGACAAAAUCGUGGCGUCACUGGGAAAGAUCCUAAUGACGUCAUAAUGCAUUUAAAAAGUUCCAUUUUCAACCAAAAACCGAAAAAAAAAAUCCAAUCGAUCCGAAUCUCUAGUUUUGUCCAUGUUUUAUUGAUUUUUAACCGAUCAUUCCAUUUUUUUUUUCACAUAUUCAAUAAAUUAUUGCUUUUUGAAAGUCGUCUUCAUCGUUCAAUGUUACUUUCGAUCACCUGUGUACUUGUCCCGAAAUGGUCGCAUUUUACAGAUCUUUACCUUUUUUAGGGACAAUGGAACCGUUUCGAUACCGAAUUUGUGCGAUCCUUCCGCAAAGCCGAUCACUAUCAGUACAGUGGUUCGUUUUUUAUCAUUUUCUGUUGAUUUUUCGAGCUUUUGGAAGAGUUUUCAACAACAAAUUCGUAAGAAAAACUGUUUUUUUGGCGCUUUGAGUCAUGGUUUUGAUGUUUCGUGCGGGAAUUUUGUGGCUUUAAUUCAUUUUACACGUUUUAAAACUAUCAAAAGUUGUUUAUGACCAUUCUCGCCCCAUUGGAAUACUUCGAAAAAAUCUAAUUUUGGGCCUUUAUAAGCCGAGGAAACUUCAGGGAAAAUCAUUUUUCGUAUACUUCUGUUCAGUUUUCGCCAUUUUCGUGUUGAAUUUUUCCACUUAUCUAUGAUUUCUACACAGUAAAAUUGACUGAAAAACCGUUUCGGAAUAUCAAAAAAAAUUUUGACUUCAAUUUUGAUGUUAGGGAUCCAUUUCAAAGCUAGAAAAAAGCUCGUUUUCUCGAAAAUUGCCAGUUUUGAUUUUUUUGGCGAGAAAAUUCAAGCUUUUUUUCAUUGAUAGACAAGAUUGUGAGCAGAUUUUUGAGCUUCAGAACAACUUUUUAUGUUAAAAUUACCUUUUUGACAAUUUUUCUUCAAAAUCUGGACGUUUUCAUGAUUUCUACACAGCAAAAAAAUGACUGAGAAAUCGUUUCGGAAUUUUCCAGUAUUUUUAAAAAUUUUUGGCUUCAAUUUUAAUGUUUAUUAAGGGAUUUUCACCCGCUUCAAACUUUAAAUCGAGCUUUUUUUCUUGAACAUACGCGAAAUUUGAACUUUGAGAAAAAUUAAGCUUUUUUUCCAUCGAUAGACAAGAUUAUGAGCAUAUUUUUGAGCCUUAGAACCACUUUUUAUGCUAAAAAUACCUUUUUUAACGAAAAUUUUUCAAAAUUUUGACGUAGUUCGCUGGAGCGCACUUGUCCUUUUUGCCAAGGGGGAAAUUUGUUUGUCGACUUGAAAUUUCUUCUCAAACUUCAAUUUUUUUCUUUUUUUGAUAUUUUUUUCAAAGGUUCUGAGGAGUUUUAGGAAUUUUGAAGGCUCUAAGGAGUUUCAGGAAUUUUUUCCAUGUUUAAAAGAAUUUUUUUGAGUUUUCUUGUUUUAAAGGAGAAACGAUUUUCUCCCUUUGAGAGGAUGGACAUGGAGCUAAUUAGUUUAUUUUUUCCAAUUUAACUAAAAGCCUUUUCGAAAUUUAAAUGGCAAAAAAUCGAUUGUAAGUAGGGAAACAUACACGGCAAAUUGGAUCGAUUGCCCUAGAGAUGUUUGUUUUUUUUUUCUUCUUUUUGGUUAUUUGCCUCGUUUCCCAACGCCUCGUUUUCGUUUCAAAAUCGAUUUUCGUCUUAUUUUUCGGGGUUUUGGGUGUAAAAAUGGCCACGUGAUUGUUUUUAGUAUGAGUUGAGAAAGAUGACGUUUUUUCGGACAUAAAUAAUGGAUCGUUCUUAGUUUUUGACGUUGUCAUGGUCUUUUGAGUCAAAAAAUUGGAUUUUUCUGCUUUUUCUGCUAGAAAGUUGAGCUAUAUACUGUCUUUUUUAUCAGAUUUCAUCAUGAAUUCAAUUUUUUUAUUCGUUUUAAUUAAAAACGCUUCAAAAUUUCGAUCCUGAUUCUGAUUCAUCAAGAUUAAUGUACAAAGUUGAAACUUACAAAAUAAAUGAAAAAAAAAAGCUCAAAAUCUCGAAAACAAGCUCGAAAUCGCAAAAAAAGCUCGAAAUCUUAAAAAAAUCCACGUUUUUCAACGGCUAAAAAAAAUCCAUUUUUGUCGAUAUUCUGAAUAUUUAUUGAAAUAUUUAAUCUUUUAGCUUACUUAACUUUAAAAAUUAAGUAAAAUCUUCAAAUUUUUUUCUUCACAAUAAGAAAAGACCGCCGACCAAGAAGUUCAACGAAACGGCCUCGAAAAAUUUUUGGCGAAACCCGGUUUUUUUCUUUCACAAACCAUACAGUUGAUUCAUCAAUUUCGUCAUUUUUUUAUCCAAAAAAAUGUUUUUUUAUAGUUUUGAAGUUGUAUUUUUUUAUUAAAUUUUUUUGGAGCUUGUGGUUUUUUUCAAAAAAAGUCGUCCUAUAGUUCUGUAGACCAUUUUUGAUUUUUGGAAAGCUGUGAAAGGAAAUGAUAGUUGUGCGUCAGUGCGUGUUUUCUAUGGCGUGUUUUUAAGCUUCCGAAAAUCGGAUCCAAAGUCCAUCGGCUCCACUGUGGCCUAAGCCCUCAAAGAGCAUAGAACAGCGUGUUUUUCUUGUCCCUCAAGUUUUUUUCCCUCCCUCUCGACGAAAGAUUGAUAGAAGGGCUUCUCAAACGUGUUGAAGAUAAGAAAGUAUUUUAUCAGUUUCACCGUUUUAUGUACUUCCAACGCGUCGAAAGCAGUAGUUUUACGGCUUUUUGACAGUUUUGAAGCCUUUCAAUGACCAUUUUUCUAUGCUGCCUUGGAAAAAUGUGAUUUUGAUAGAAUUUUCGGCCUUUUGAUCAUUUUCCGAACGAAAAAAUGAACUUUAGAAAAAUUUCCAGUUCAUUUAAGGUUUGAAAUACGUUUCAAACGCAGAAUAUUCGAAAUAAUUGAAAAAAACUUUAUGUUUGCAAUAGUUUUUUUCAUUUUUUUAUAAAUAUAUUGUCCUGGACAGAAAUGGCUUAAAAAAAUAAAUUUUAACUUUUUUUAAAUCUACGUGCAAGUCUAUCAUAUGGAUAGAUAAUUUUUGACCAAAAAAUUUUUUUUGGCGCCAGAAAGUUGACCUUUUUUUGCCUUUUUCGAUUUUUGAAUAGUUUCAGGUCUUUUUUUCAUUUUUAAAUAGGUAAUGUUUUUUGAAAAAAAUGAGGCUUUUUUUAAUCGUUCUUUGAACGUCUUGAACUUGAAUAAAUCUUCUUGAUUGGAAUUUUUCUCGUUUUUUUAAGCCAUUUCGAACGUUUUUCUAUUAAUUUUCGGUCAUCACAAAAAAAUUUUUCUAGCUAGAUUUUUCAUUCAUUUUUUUCGUUUCAAAACCUUCCUCUUUAUGGGUUUUUUAUAUUUCGCGUCGCUUUCGGGUCGAAUUUUUAACAUUUGGGAUAAAUAUUCUUGGUGACAUUUUUCAGCGCUUUAACCAGCCGCUUUUUUUGACGAAUUUCAUUUAAAAUCAUGGUUAGUUUUUUUAAUUAUUAAGGUUUUCAAAAAAAUGAAAAAAAUGUAUUUUCAGUCUUUUGCCGACGUCGAUGCGCUUUUUCGGUACCGACCGCGUUCAGGAAGGAUACAAAUCCUUGAAAACGGUUCGAAAUUUGAUUUUUUUGAAGAAAAUUGGUUGGAAAAUGAAGGAGAAUCUCGAUUUUUGCUUGUGGAAUGAAGAAAGACUUAAAAAAUCGUUUUUUGAUCGAUUUAAAAGCUUUAAAAACAGAUUUCGAAGCAAAAAUUUGGUUUUUUUUUCUCAGAUUACUCUCAAAAAAAAAAAUCUGAAUAAAAUGAUUUUAUUGAAGAAAAAUUGGUUGGAAAUUGAAAAAGGAAUCAUGAUUUUUUUGCUUGUGGAAUGGAAAAAAAAAUUUCAAAAAGUGGUUUUUUUCAACGACUAAUGAGCUUUUUAAAAAAACUGUUUUAGAAGCGAAAUUGGAUUUUUCUUCUCAAAAAUAGUUCUCAAAAACAACUUGAAUAAGUUGAGCCAUUCCAAAUGCGGCCCACUUUUCUAUUCGAGUUUCCAGAACUACACGAAUGGCGACAAAUCGGCCGAACUUCUCUGGCGACUCGCCAAGUUUUGCCACGAAAUCGGCAGCAAAACCGAAAAAUCCAAGAGGAAGGACAUCGUGGCUGAAGGUUGGUUCAACAAGGAAAAAAGUUGGAUUUUGAAAUAAGGUUUAUUUUUUGAAUAUUUAGUGAGAUUUGACCGUUCAAAGUUCGAAAAAAAGGGGUUUUUUUUCUCGAAUAACUCGAUUUUGAGACGCUGGAACUAUUUCAAAAAUGAAAAGUCUAUUUUUCCGGGCCAAAAAAAGUUUUUGAAUAGAGCUGUUCAUUAAUGGAUUGAGUUUGAAUAUGAAUCUAGAAUGUCAAAUUUUAUUUUUGAAAAUUUUUUCUGCCCAAAACGAGAUUUUUCAUUGGAUGUAUAAGUGUGCCAAAAUCAACAGUUUUGCUUUUGAAAACAUAUUUUCGAGCCGAAAAAAGGGAAAGAACAAAUUUCCUAACUUUCUUCAGACCCAAGUUAUGCGGCUGAGGCUUUUGAUUGGAUUUAUAGUUGCCCAGAAAAGUUUUUGGUCUUGGAAAAUCGGUUUUAGGUUUUUUUUUUCACCCCUUCUCCCUUUUUUUUUGAGUUAUGAAGCUACAAAGUUUGCAAAAUAUGCAAAUUGAAUCAAAAAAGAGCUUUUUCAAGCUUUUCGAAGUUUCCUAAUGAAGAUUUUUUCGUAGAGAUGUGAGCGUGAAAAGUCACCAAUUGGUCCUGUAAAACCAGUUUUUAAUCCUGAGACAAGUGUACUGUAAAAAUGCCUAAAUUUGAAAUCUCAACAUCAAGUUUUUUCGAAAAAGUUGUUUUUGGGCCAAAAUACGCGGCUAAAGCCUUAGUUUUGCUUUAGAAGUUGACAAAAAAGCAUUUAUUUUUUCUUGAAAUCCAGAUUUCGAGUCAAAAAUCAGUGAUUGAACGUUUUUUCUAACUGUAAAGCCUUGAAUUUUACUUUGAAACGUCAAUUUUGCUCGAAAAUACGAUUUUCAAGUCAAAAAUACCGGGCCAAACUUUUUUUUAGUAUUCAAAAUCAAGUUUUAGGCAAAAAAGCGAUCAAAUGUUUUUUUAUAUACUGCAUAAACACUUGAAUUUGAACUUUGAAGGCCAAUUUUUCUUGAAAACCAAAGUUUAGGUGAAAAAUUAGCGAUUAGAGUUUUUCCUUAACUGCAUACACAUUAGAAUUUGAACUUUCAACGACAUUUUUUCACGAAAAAACCGGAAUUCAGGCCAAAAAUAAGCGUUCAGAGCUUUUUCCUAACUAUAUACACAUUAGAAUCUGAACUUUAAACGUCAAUUUUUAUCGGAAACCGAUUUUCAGGCCAAAAAUACGCGACUGAAGCUUUCGCGGCAGAUCCGAACAACUUCCUGGCCGCCAAAUGGGCGGCCAUCAUGUCGGGCCAGAUCACCGAGUUCCUCGGCACCAAGGAAAAGAUCGAGCAGGGCAAAAAGUGCAAGGAGUACCUGGACAAGGCGCUGACCAUGGACGCCAAGGAGUACUCGUUGCUCCAUUUGCGCGGCCGGUGGGCCUUCAACGUCGCCAACUUGAGCUGGCUCGAGAGAAAGGUUUCGGGAAUGAGAAAAAAAAAAUCCAUCGAGAAGGUUACUUUUUAAAGAAUUGGAUAUGAAACAAAAUCCAAGAGAAAAUCCCAGACGUGCCGGAGCACUUCCAGAGACCACUUUAGAGGCUUAAAGAUUCUUUUAAGACUUAAAAGUGAUCCCUAGAACUUCUCGAAAAGCGUCAAAAUGUUCUCAGCACUUGGUAACGCGUCCCGGACGUGUCGGAGCUGUUCUAGUGACCACUUUAGCGGCUUUAGUGCCCUAAGUAAUCCCUAGAACCUAUCAGAAAGCGUUUGAAUGUUCUCAGCCCUUGGGAACGCCUCUCGGACGUGUCAGACCACUUCAAGGGGCAACUUUAGCGAUUUCAGAGCUCUUAAGUGAUCCCUAGAACCUCUCAUAAGCGUUUGAAUGCUCUCAGACCUUGGUAACGCCUUCCGGACGUGUCGGAGCAUUUCAAGUGACCACUUUAGCGACGUCAGAGCUCUUAAGUGGUCCCUAGAACCUCUCGAAAAGCGUCCAGUUUUCGUUACCGACGGCCAAGAUACUUGUCCAUGGAGCGCACAAGCCUUGUUUUUUCUGUAUUUGAUUUUUCAAACUUAAAUUUUGAAGGAAAAUUUUCAAUGAAAAAGAACUCCAGAGUGGUCCCUAUAGGGAAAAGCUUGAAAGCCUUUCGAGGGUCCUCUCUAGAGACCACUUUACCAGCCCCUAAAGGGGCUAUUAAAGCUUGCAAAAGUGGCCCUUACAGAAAUUUUAGUUAGUGACUCCUAUAGGGACCACUUAAGCUUUAGGGGCCAAGAUAUCAGGCCCUAAAUCCCUAGAGUGACCACCUUGAUUUUACCCCUGUAUGGACCGCUUUUUCGGCCUCUAUAGGGGCUGUUUUCCCACCUAACCCCUAUAGGGAUCACUUUAGAAUUCCUGAGUUUGACGGUUCACAAAUACUUCGAAGAAUAAGGCACUUAGAACAAUAUGAGAUUCAAUUGAAGGGAUAUAGCUUUAGAAAGAAAAAGCCAUAAUUCCCUUUUCUAAAAAAAAACAUUUUCAGCAACUCUUUUCAAUGAAACUCUGUUAUCACUGUGUAAAUGUCAAUUUUUGAGAAAUGAGGAUUUUUUUUCCAGGCGGCCGCCGUGUUCUACGCGACUCCGCCCACGGCGACGAUCGAAGAGGCGAUCGCCGACCUGAAAGCCGCCUACGACUUGAACCCCAAGUGGCUCGAGAACAUUGUCUUCCUCGCCAAGGCCUACCUUGCCGCCGGCGACAAGGUUGGUUUGGGAGGCGUUGCGGUCGCGUCGCGGUCAGCAAUAUGGUGUCGAAAAUGAGAAGGACAUUUGAGAUCAAUUUUGACUUUUUGAGCUGGGAAUUUUUUCAUGUAAUAAGAUAACCGAAAAAAAAAGACUCAUGAUAAGAUUUUUUUGACUUUUUGGGCGUUUUAAGUCAUGUUUCGGGAAAUGUCGUAUCUAAAUCCUGAAUAUGUUUCAAAAGAGAUAAGGAUGAGUUCAAAAUUUUAAUUUUGAUACUGUUUUUUUUGGGUGUUUAAAGACGCUUAGCUAUAAUUAUCUUUAUCCAUAGAGCGUGAGAAAAAAAAAAUUUUUUUUGAUUUAUUGAUCGGAUUUUUCGGCGCUUUGAGCCAAGACUGUAAUAAAUCGAUAGCAAGGCUUUAUUUACACUUUUUGGAAAUAUUAGGCCGGGAAAUUUUUCAUUAAGAAAAUUUGGUCAACAUAAUUUUUUUCGGUCGAUUACCGUUUGUAGAAAUUUUUUUAUGGAAAGAAACCAAAUUUAUGGUUUUUUUUUUUUUUCAAUAGUUUUUUUAGCGCUUUAUUUUUACGGAAAAUUACAUUUUUUGAAAAUUAAUGUGGUGAUAGUCCAUUCGUCGCUAGCUCUGCUCAAAAAAAAAAAUUUAUUUUUUUGAAUUUUUAAAUUCAAGAGUGAAUAUAAAAUUAUUUUCUUUCCAAAAGCUUCAAUGAAAUUUAAAGCGAAUUUCACUUAAAUUCGCCAUUUUUCUAAAAAAUUUAUCAUUGGAGCGUAAUUAACUAGAAAAAUGACCUUUUUUUCUUGGACAAUCAAUACAAUUACCCAUGGAGCGCAACUGGAACUUUCUGGGAAAAUUUUUAGUGACCACUAUAGGGCUUUGACGUUUUAGUGGCCCCUAUAGUAGUCGAAUUAGUGGCCACUAUAGGGGUCUAAGUGCUACUACUAGACCACUAAAAAUUUCAGUGGCCACUUUAGGGGUCAAUGGGUCAACAUAACUGAUCCCAUCUGUUUGUUUUAAAAUUAUCAGAGUUACUGGAAGGAAUACUGGAUGAAAAACUACUGAAGUAGCCACUAAAAAAGAAAAAAGUGACCACUAUAGGGGUGGGUUUAGUGGCCGCUUUAGUGUCCUCUUCAAGUAGUCCUUGGCCAGCCUCUAUAAUGGCCACUUAAGAUUCCCCAGUUCCUUUUCCUGAAACAAUUCGUUCUAUAUUUGGCAUCGAUCGUUAAGUCAAUAAUCAAUAAAGUAUUGAUUGAUGAUUCACAGGCCUCGGCUGGCAAAUACCUCAACGAGGGCGUCCAACUCGCCCCGGAGAACGACAACGAGAAGGAGCUUCUCGUGGAGGCCAAGCAGCUCCUCAGCAAAUGCUAA